UUUCUUAAAUCUUCAGAGAGGUUCUGGGCGAUGAUGGAUGCGUCUUCGUACAUGCACUGGUUGUGAGUUCCUGUGAUGUAGAUAGUUUGAUCCCAAAUGCACCCCCUCAAUCGGCUACCCAGCAGUGGCCACUCCACUCCGUCGUCGCCUCAGUCGCCGCUCCGGUCUCCCAGGCUACGUCGCGGUCAGUCCAAGACCCGACGGUUCUCUCCCGUUCAGCCGGCUGGUAGGACUGCUGCCCAGCGACUCUCUUGGCUCUUUCUUUCCUUCCUACUUCGGCGCCAGGGCCUCUUCCUUUUUGCUCCUCUUAUUUACAUCUCCGGCAUGCUCCUCUACAUGGGCACAGCCUCGUUCGACGUCGUUCCGGUCAUCAAGCACCGCCCUGCUCCUGGGUCUGUGUACCGGAGCCCACAGCUGUAUGCGAAGCUGCGCCUUGAGAUGGAUGCUGAUAAUUCCUCUGUUGAUGCGAUAUCAACAAUAUGGAAGAAUUCCUACAAAGGUGGUUUGUGGAAGCCAUGUGUCAACAAAUCUUCAGAAGGCCUCCCAGAAUCAAAUGGUAUCAUAUAUAUAGAGGCCAAUGGUGGCUUGAAUCAACAAAGGACAUCGAUAUGCAAUGCUGUUGCAGUGGCUGGCUAUCUGAAUGCUACACUUCUGAUCCCAAACUUCCACUAUCACAGCAUAUGGAAAGAUCCUAGCAAAUUUAGGGACAUUUAUGAUGAAGAAUACUUUGUCAAUACCUUGAAAAAUGAUGUUCGGGUGGUCAAUAAGAUUCCUGAGUACCUGAUGGAAAGAUUUGGCAGCAACCUCUCAAACAUUUACAAUUUCAGGAUAAAGGCGUGGUCUUCUAUCGGGUACUACAGAGACACAGUACUCCCAAAGUUACUUGAAGAAAAGGUCAUAAGGAUUUCUCCUUUUGCAAAUAGAUUGUCAUUUGAUGCUCCUCCAGCUGUCCAGCGACUUAGAUGCUUAGCAAAUUAUGCGGCUUUACGGUUUUCUAGUCCUAUAUUAACUCUAGGUGAAUCUUUGGUCACAAGGAUGAGAGAACGCAGUGGAGCAAAUGGUGGCAAAUAUGUCUCCAUACAUCUUCGUUUUGAAGAGGAUAUGGUUGCUUUCUCAUGUUGUGUUUUUGAUGGGGGGAAGCAAGAAAAAAAUGACAUGGAUGCAGCAAGAGAAAGAGGUUGGAAAGGGAAAUUUACAAAACCUGGACGAGUUAUACGUCCCGGAGUUAACAGGAUUAAUGGGAAGUGUCCCCUCACUCCUUUAGAGGUGGGAUUGAUGCUUAGGGGCAUGGGUUUCUCUAAGAACACAUCUAUCUUUUUGGCAUCUGGAAAGAUAUAUAAUGCUGAGAAAAAUAUGGCUCCGCUACUGGAAAUGUUUCCCAAUUUGCAGACAAAGGAAUCCUUGGCAUCUGAAGAGGAGCUUGCUCCAUUUGAGAACUAUUCUUCCAGGAUGGCUGCUAUAGACUACACUGUUUGUCUUCAUAGUGAGGUGUUUGUCACCACUCAAGGUGGCAACUUUCCUCAUUUUCUAGUGGGCCACCGAAGAUACUUAUAUGGUGGACAUGCUAAGACAAUUAAGCCUGAUAAGCGCAAGUUAGCAUUAUUUUUUGAUAAUCCCAAUAUUGGAUGGAAGACUCUCAAACGUCAACUGCUGAGCAUGAGGUCGCAUAGUGAUUCCAAGGGGUUUGAGCUAAAAAGACCUAAUGAUUCAAUAUAUAGCUUUCCAUGCCCACACUGCAUGUGCCGUGCAAAUAGAACUGAUCAGUCUAGAUCUUCAAGAGCAAAUUGAAUUAGAAACUUGAUGGCUACCUCUUCGCCAUAACCUUGUCAGAAUGCGUUGUUGACGAGCAUCUUUUUCUGGUGCUAUGGUUAUUUCAAUUUUUAUAUCUUCCCUUCCCCUCUGGUGAGAGGGUAAACAGAAUUUUCAGGUGACCAGAGGAUUUUGUUGACGGUCGCAUGGGUCUAAUUAUUGCUUGGGAUUGGAUUUGAAGGGAGUGGCAUCAUUUUUUUUAUGUGAUGCCGACUAUCAACAGAUUGGAACUUGUUCCUUCGCAGGAAGCACUCCCACAACAUUUGAUUGAAGAUUGUUUCAUGUUUGAAUGAAUCAGCAGCUACUGUAUCUAACAAGCUGUGAAAUGACAAACGUACUUCACACCCUGACUGUACAUUAGUUGGAGUUAGCCCCGGAUAGUUUCGUUUACAUUGCUUUUAUUUUCAAAUUGAUUUUUAGUUUUUUUUUCAAUUGAUUUCAAAAUUAGGGUUUCAUUGUCAGAUGUAUAAACUUUGUAUCUCAGCUCCAUUUGUUAUUCUUUUACAUUGUUUCCCCAUUAUUUUAGUGAAGAAAUAGUUAAAUGUAAUUAAUUCAUUUGUCUUGCGUUACAGGCAAAUGCAUAAGCUCUAUAGAUUUCUAGAUUUAUGGUUGGACGUGACACCUGAGGGUUCUUAUCUUGAGUUCAGAAUCUGGAAAUACAUCUUAUUUCUC